AUGAAAAAUGGAGAAUAUGUUCCCCGUGAUUGGCUUGUUUGGAGCAAAGUUAAACAAUCGAUAUUUUGUUUUCCUUGUCGCCUUUUUAGCAAACUACCAACAGCAAGUCGCUCACGUUUAACAACUAUAUCUGGGUAUUGUUUUCAAAGAAAAUGGAAAAAAUUACAUGACAAAAUUCCAGAGCAUCAAAACAGCAGCAACCAUAAAUAUUGUUAUAUUAAAUGGCGGAUAUUGGAAAAAAGUAUUGACUCUAAUUCCACUGUCGAUAUUAUGCUGCUGCAGACCAUUAAGAAUCAAGCAUCACAGUGGAAACAGGUUCUUCGCCGAAUUUUAGAUGUCACAUUGUUUCUAGCCGAACGAGGUUUGGGAUUUAGAGGAACAAGUGAUUUAGUUGGAGUUGCAGCAAAUGGCAAUUUUUUGGGCAUUUUAGAGCUCUUGAGACAUUAUGAUUCUGUCUUGAAAGACCAUCUGAACAAAGUGAUGAAGUCGCAGAAAUUGAAGAGAAGACAACAAGCAAAUUACCUUUCACCGGAAAUACAAAAUGAGUUUAAAGAGUGUUGUGCCUAG